AAUACGCGUACUCCAUAUCUGAAACUAUCAAAUCUGGAAGAGGGCAUGUAUACAUUCAUCUUGAAAGUCACUGAUGGAUCAGAACUCUCUGAUACAUCUCAGGUUCACGUUUUUGUCAAACCGCCAACCAAUAAACCACCUGUAGCGAUUGCUGGUUCAAACCAAACUGUGGCUCUUCCUCAGACAUGGGCUCUACUUAACGGCUCCCAAAGCUCCGAUGACAUUCAAAUUGUUUCAUGGAAGUGGGAACAGAUAAGCGGGCCGAGCAAAAUUACUUUUAGCUCUUACAAUGAAUCCAUUACCAAUGCCACUGAGCUGACGAAAGGAAAGUAUGUGAUACAGUUAUCGGUUGUGGAUGGUAAUGGAAAUAAGGCAACGGACAAACUUCAAAUCACAGUUACUCAAAACAGCAACGCGGCACCGAAGGCGAACGCGGGCGGGGAUCAGCAAGUGGUGCUGCCGGUGGGGGUGCUGCUGCUGAACGGGUCGCAGUCUACUGACGACCUCGGCAUCGCCAAGUGGCAGUGGACCCGGGAGCCCACCAGUCUCGCCCUCGGCCAGGUCAUUGCCGGCACCGACGCAUCGCCCACACUCAUGCUGACGAAUGUUGUUGCUGGAAGAUAUGUAUUUCGACUGAGAGUAACUGAUGACCAGGGAGAGUGGAGUGAGGACACUGUGUCAGUCAUAGUCAAACAAGACCCGUAUCUGUACCACCUAGUGGAGCUGACGCUGAACAUCGAAGCCGCGCGGCUGACGAAGGCGCAGAGCGACAGUGUGAUCAUGAAACUGGGCCUGCUGCUACAUGACGCGGCCAGCCUCGUGGUUCGAAGUCUGCGCGCAGACGUCGCCACUGGCCGUGCCGUGCUCGUCUUCUACGUGCAGACGGCGGCCACCGCCCUCGCCGGCCCUCACGUCGUCAAGACGCUCAAGGACAAGCUCGCACAGGACUCGGUGCUGCUGCAGCUGUCUGUCGCCAACAUACAGACGGCCGUCUGCCAGAAUAACUGUUCCGGACAUGGCGUUUGUGAGCAGGAAACGCGAUUAUGCCUUUGUGAAGCAUUUUGGAUGCAGGAUUUAUUCAGAAAAUAUUUUGGAGAUGGAGACUCCAACUGUGAUUGGAGCAUUCUGUACGUGAUAAUAGGACUGUUCACUGGCGUUCUGAUAGUGGUUGGCUGUAUUUGGAGUGUGAUCUGCCUGUGCUCGAGAGCCUGCCAUCCGAGGCCAACCAAGCGCCAGCGCUACUCGCUCAUCGACUCCAACGAUGAAGUCAGAUUGCCUGCUGGAAAAAUAGUUCUAUCUGAAAGUGAGUCGGAUUCAGAUGUGCUGUUUGAGACUCGCAAAAGUACUACAAAAUUGAUUAAUGGCGAAACAAGAAAUGGCUUCAAACCUGUUCGAAAUGGUUUCAAAUCUGAUAGGCGAGUGAAAACUAAAUACCGGCGGCUCGAUAGGACAUUGUGAAUUUCAUCAUCUAGAAUGGUGCUGGGGAUCCACAUUAGGUGCCCACUCUUGCCAACGUCUUGUUCUGCACAAGUGCUCGUUUUGAUGAUUUAGGAAUGCACAAAAAGGAUUAGAUAGUGUACUGGUUUUCGAUCAAUGACAGGAAGAAAUCAUCUUGAUAUAUUUGUAAAAAGUGCCACAGGAGACGACUAAAACAACUAUCUAAGUCAAAUCAAAAUGUGAUAAGAAUUACCGGUAGUCCGUAAAUUAUUGAUUCGAAGGUGAAUUAGUAUGCAUGUACCGUUAGGUAUUAAAAAAAUCGAUGCGUAUAUCAUUAAGUAUUGUAGAAUGUAUUUGAAUUAUUUCAUUUGGCAAAUAAAUGACAGUGUUCAAUCUUAAUAAAAUGCUAAAAAUUGCAAUUAGUAAGAUCGUAUUUUAAAUAAUGUUCUACUGUACUCUCUUUACUUAUUCUAUACAUCUUGUUCAGUUCAAUAUUGUAAUAGGGAUUCUUAAAAUUUAAACUGUAGAUUGACAGAAUUCAGAAGUUGGAUAUAAUUCAUCAGAAUCAUAAAGAUCAUAACAUAUCUUAAAUUUAUUAUCAAAAUCCAACUUCAAUAAUACAGUUAGAUACAAUAAGUACAAUUAAAUGGUUUUUAUUAUUUUCUCUCAUCACAACACAAUCUUACAAUAAACGCACAGUAUACUGAAAUCAUUAUACGUUCUGUUCAAUUAGUAUUUCGUUCAGUUCAAACAUAUUUUCAUUCAUUUCUUUAAAGAUUUUUAGUUCUAUGAAUAAAACAAUGAGUUGUACGCACAACUUCACAAUUUGCCAGGUAACCCAUAAAAUAAUGAAAGUUGAUAAACUUUCAACUUGAUUUUUGGGCUUCAAGGUCUGUGAUGGGUCCAAGUCUAUUUUUAACCUUGGACAGGGCAACAGGUAGUUGGAAAGGGUCAGCUAUUGUUCCUAGGUAUAUGAAUGCCCAUUGUUGGUGGGUAGUAUGAAAGUUGGACCCAAAGGUAAUUUGUCAUCUAAAGAGAGCACGAUUUGGAGUAAUGUGGAGUACUAGGCUACACAUGCAUAUUGGAAAGUGGACCUAUGGAUUUAAGAGUUAAAGGACUAUGAUAAUAAUUAUUACUAGUGUUAUUACAAAGCCCCCCCCCCCUAAUCUAUCUUUACUCACUGACACAAAAUUACACAGCUUACUAAAUUAAUAUAAUUAUAUAUAAUAAUUAUGAUUAUGACGAUUACUAACUAUGCUUUUGAGUUGAUUCUUCAUCAGUGAGGACUGUAAGCGAAUCAUGAUUUAUUUUCACGAAAAUAAUUAAAGCUCCCCUAGAUAAUAGGUGAAUAUUGUAGCUAAAACACAAAUAAUACAAUUUUAAUAUUAUAUUAUUUUAAAAGUGGAUUGUUUUCUUCAAGAGAGAGUUACGUUUAGUCAAGAAAUUGAAUCAGUUUAUCACUGAUUCAAAGUUUGGAUCUUGUAAUAAAUUUAGCAGAACUAUCCACAACAACUUUCAGGUGACAAUGCUUGUUUCUAAGAGAUAGGUAAUGAUAUAAUAUUACUAAAGAACAAGUAAAUAAUACCUGUAAUACCUUUGGAAUAGUGAGGCUUAAUUUAAACUAGCUCAAGUUAAGCGUAAUUUGGGGAAAGCGUGCCUUAAUCACAUCAUUAAAGCUAUCAAUAUUCAUAGUAGGCUUAUCUCAUUUACCAUUUUCAUACAUUUCAGCUACUACGGUACAUGAGUAAAAAUACAGCAAAAGUGAGAUCACUUUGUCAAGGGAAUUAUUUGGCUCAGAAUCAAGUUGGUGAGAAGUAUGAGACGUUCAACUACCUAGUAACCUACCUAUAGUUGAUUUGACGAGAAGAUAAAGUAAAAGCAUUGAGAAAUCAUACUCUCUAGAGGUCUAUCUGUCUAUGGUAAUAGAAAACGAUUACCUAUGUGUGUAUCUAUGGUAAAAGUAAAAGAUUAUCUGUGUGCCGUAGACAGAUAGAUCUCUAGAGAGUAUGAUUUCUCAAUGCUUUUACUUUAUUUUCUCGUCAAAUGAACUAUACUAGGUACUGAAACUUAAGGUUUGAUUCGAAAUAAUAAUUUUGUGGUGUAAUGAAAUUUGGAUUGUAAUUUUAUAGCAGUUUCAUAUCGGCCAGUACGGGGUUGAAUAAUACGAGCGGUAUGGACCUCUCAUGGGUCCACAAAAUAUCUACUCCGAAACGUGCUCUCUAUAGUCAACAGCAACAGGGAAGGCUCAAAAUCGAGAAAAUGACCAACUAUUAUAGAACAAUAGAAAAAGGAUAGAGGAAGAAAUAUUGCCACCUUUAUAAACAAUAGGACUACCCUUUCCGAUCCCAUCAACCUAUUGCAUUUCUACCUUCAGGUAGUUGGACCCACCACAGACCUCAAAGCCGAUUUUUGCUAUCAUCAAGGACUAUUAACUAUCAAAUGGACAAUAUUAUGGAAAAUUAUCUUUGUAUUUGUAUUCAAUGAUAAAAUAUUACAAUCAAUGUGAUUUCAAUCAGAAAUACUUGGUUGAGAUUUCUGAAAUGUAUCUUUUCAACUUAAGGAGUGAAGUCUAUCAACAAUAAGUAAGAUCAUUAUUCUAUUCAACAAUAAUCAGAUUGAACGAUAAUUCACGCAACCCAAAUUAUAAGACUUGAGUUUGCGUUGCCCGACUUUUCGAUCUCUCUGUACUUUUGAUUGUUCAAACUAGAUAUUUGAUAUAUGCAGUUGCUAUUUCUAGAAUCAUUUAAAUAUCCAGUCAUCAACUUUUUAUGACAGUGUUAUCACAAUUUGGAAUCAAUUGAAUAUUAUGACCUUAUCAACCAUAAUCGCUUUCCAAAGAAAUUUAUAAAAUAAUAUAUUUAAAGCUCGGUUUAUUUUCAGACUUGAAGAUCAAAAGUGUUCCUACUGAACUUGUAUUAUUUUUAAUUUUUAUACAUUAAGUCUUUACCGGUUUAAUCAUUCCCUCUCAUUUUAUUACAUUUACUUUGAUGAAGUUUUAUUUCAUCGCACUAUUUUAUCAAUUUAUUUUCAAGAAUUUGCAGUGUACUUAGUCUUGAUAAGUUUUAGAUGAUUCAUUAUUUUGUAGAAGAUACAUAUUAUUUAGAAAUGACUUUUAAUUGUACGAUAGUACACCCCUGAUGUUUAGGAAAUUUGCAUAACUUUGUGCUUCAAAAUAGAUUAUUAUAUGCAGUUGUUAUUUCUAGAAUCAUUUUCAUAUCUAGUCAUCAAUUUUUUAUGAGUUUCAGUUUUAUCAAUAUUUUUAUUGAAUGUAACCUUAUAAUGUAACCUUUUAUUGAAUGUAAUGCUUAUAAAAAAGCUUUCAAUCACAUUUAAUGUGUCAUUGUACUCAGAUGUAUUUGAUAAAUAAAUUACAUUUGAAUUUUAUUUUCAAGUAAAACCACUUCUUACAAUA